AGGCGAGGGGCCGGGGCCGGGGCGCAGCGGACCCUGCGCGCUGGGCUCACCGGCCGAGACCAACUUGUGAUAGGCUUGGGCCCACGCCCUAAGGGGUUAAACGCGUUCUCAUGUUACCCAGCGGCUUAUAAGGAGGGGGAGGCCAAGCCUCCGCCUUAUUGGGAGCCUUUUGGGGUUUAUUCUCUUCCCUUCUAACUUGCCCUGGGUUAGGUACUCCGGGCCGCCAGACGAGGUGCGAGCGGCGGGCUUGGCCCCUACGAGGAUUUCCCGCAUGAAGUUGCCGGCGCGUCACAAGAGCGAAAUGUCAGAGAUUAAGAAUGACCCAAAAGAAAUCAAAGCUUUGUUCCAGAGCCAAUGUUUAUACUCAAGUGCCUGAUGGAGGAUGGGGCUGGGCAGUAGCUGUUUCUUUUUUCUUCGUCGAAGUCUUUACCUAUGGCAUCAUCAAAUCGUUUGGUGUUUUCUUUAACGACUUAAUGGACAGUUUUGAUGAAUCAAAUAGCAAGAUCUCAUGGAUAGUAUCAAUAUGUGUGUUUGUCCUAACAUUUACAGCUCCUCUCAGCACAGUCCUGAGCAACCGUUUUGGACACCGGCUGGUGGUGAUGGUUGGAGGGCUGCUUGUCACCACAGGAAUGGUGAUGGCCUCCUUUUCACAAGCCGUUUACCAUAUGUACAUCACAGUGGGGAUCAUCUCUGGUUUGGGAUACUGCUUUAGCUUUCUGCCAACUGUCACCAUUCUGUCACAGUACUUUGACAGAAGGCGCUCCGUGGUUACUGCAGUUGCUUCUACGGGAGAAUGUUUUGCUGUGUUUGCUUUUGCACCAGCAAUCACGGCUCUGAAGGAGAGCAUCGGCUGGAGAAACAGCCUCCUCUUUGUGGGCCUGCUACAGUUAAACAUUGUCGUCUGUGGGUCGCUGCUAAGACCGAUUAUUAUCAGAGCGCCAGGGUCACCAAAAACCACCACCCAGGAAAAUCGGAAAGAAGUGCAAUAUAUGCUUGAAAAUGAGAAAACACGCACCUCAAUCGACUCCAUUGACUCAGGAGUAGAACUAACUACCUCACCUAAAAAUGUGCCUAGUCAGAUGAACGUGGAACUGGAGCCCAAGGCUGACAUACAACAGAACCUGGUGAACACCAACUCCAGGCAAAGCUGUAAGAAAGUCCCGCUAUUAGACUUCUCGAUUCUGAAAGAGAAAAGUUUUAUUUGUUAUGCAUUAUUUGGUCUGUUUGCUACACUGGGAUUCUUUGCACCUCCCUUGUACAUUAUUCCUUUGGGCAUCAGUCUGGGCAUCGAUCAGGAUCGCUCUGCUUUCUUAUUAUCAGCAAUGGCAAUUGCUGAAGUUUUUGGAAGAAUCGGAGCUGGCUUGGUCCUCAACAAAGAGCCCAUUCGGAAGAUCUACAUUGAGCUCAUCUGUGUCAUCUUAUUGACUGUGUCUCUGUUCGCCUUUACUUUUGCUACUGAAUUCUGGGGACUUAUGUCCUGUAGCAUAUUUUUUGGUUUUAUGGUGGGAACAGUAGGAGGUACCCACAUUCCACUGCUGGCUGAAGAGGAUGUAGUGGGUAUUGAGAGGAUGUCUUCUGCAGCUGGAGUCUAUGUCUUCAUUCAGAGCAUAUCAGGACUGGCUGGACCACCCCUUGCAGGUCUGCUGGUGGACCAAAGCAAAAUAUACAGCAGAGCCUUCUACUCCUGUGCUGCAGGGAUGACCAUGGCAGCCAUGUGCCUCGCACUUGUGAGACCCUGUAAAAAGGGACUGUGCCAGCGGCGGCAUUCAGAGGAAACAAAGGCAGAGAUUCAUCACAGAAAAGCUUUACAGGACAUCCCUGAAGACUUCCUUGAAAUGGAUCUUGGAAAAAAUGAGCAUCGAGUUCAUAUGCAAACAGAGCCUGUAUGACUUGCUUUCCUGUAACAUCAGCUGCCAUGUUGGCUGGUGAAGGGUGGGGAGUGGAGGGUGGCGUGGGAGGGAGCAGGGAAGGAGAGGAGCUAACCACUCUACUCCACUAUCAAAAUACAUUUUCAAGGGAAAGUCUAUGUGAACAGCACUAUCAACAUCCUUUUUUCCUUUUUAAGUUUGCCUUUUUGCUUAUUUUUCAAAGCCAAAACAAAAACAACCAAACACUCUUCCAUGUAUAAAUCUGGCUCUAUUCAGUAGCAGUACAAAAAUACACACAGAAGGACUCUUUGGUUCACGUUCUGGUUUUAAAAUAGUGAUAUGAAUUGGUAAAGUGGUUUAAGAAUUCUCACAGGUGAUCAACUACUAUCUUAUAAAAUGCCGUCUAGCCCAGGUCACCGAAAUGAAAUUGGCCGUUCCAAAACAAUCGUAAGAUCAUUUUUUUUAAUGGCUAAUUUUCAAAAAUAUACAUUUUUAAAUAUCCCUUGGCAAACACUGAAGUUGCCAUUUGAAAAUUAUGGCCUCUUCGUUUUCCAAAUACUUCAUGGACAUGAAACACGGUUUAAGACCAAACGUUUGCCUAAUGAACAGAAAUUCAAGAAAUCUGUAGAACUUGAACUUCAUAAAUGUGAAGAUGACCACUUUUUUUAUGGCCAGUCAUUACCACAAGUAUUUCAAUACAGAAUACACAGAGUGGCGUUCAAAAAUGUGUUUCCUGUUGCUUUAAUUAUUCAGCAAUAUGUGAUUAUAGUACCUUUAAUUUAAACCACUAUUUAUUAUUAAGUUAUUCUAGGAUGAGUAAUCAAAAGAUGUAAAAUCUGAGACAUAAUCAGCAUUUUUACCUCCUUUCUGCAAUCCUUUAAAUGCCUCAAAGAAUACUUCUACUCUUGUAAAGUUACUCUCAUAAAAGGGCCAAGUUCGAAUGAUUCUUCUAUUUGAUUAAAGGCAACGUGUGCUAUUUAAAGGGGGCAAGAAUGAAUAGCAAGUCGCCUUAGCUUUUUAAAGUAAUUUUAUUUCAUCACCUGAGAACACUUGAGGAUCUUCUUUGAUCAGAACCGUAUUUCAUUGAAUUGUUGAAGCAUUUCCGAUUUUAAAAAAAUGAGAAAUGUUUCAACAAUUCUGAUCAAAGGAGAUCCUCAAGUGUUCUUUAAAAACAUCAAACUGUUAAAGCAUUUCUAUAUUUCACGUGGGGUAGCAGAGACAUUUAUUUUACCAUCGUGCGCUAGAAGUUCCGAUUCCAUCUUACAGCAGACGUCACGUGACUGUACUAAGCUGCCAUAGGUAUUGGUCGUUGGGUUUUUUUGGAGUUACACUACAUGUAUAGUCUUUCUCGUUUUAACAUUUUUUUGUAAAGAGGGCAAAUUUAAGGAGAACAGGUGGGCUACUUGCUGAUUUCUCCUCUCACCCUACAGUUGUGGUUAGUGCUCGCUGCCUGUCUUUAUUCAUCUUCACUGUUACUUUGUGACAACUCAGGGGGAAAAAAAUAACAGCCUAGUUUGGUUACAGGUAUUUCUCUGCACUGAAAUGAAAGUGACAUAGUUCAUCACCACCCGCUACAUUUUGUACAGCAUUUUAUCAGCCAUAGAAAUAGGACAAUCUGUAAGACUCUGGGGGGCGAGGGGGGAGAUGACAAAGUGUCAGGAACACACAGGCACACCUAAAGCACGGUGGAUGUAGCAAUUCUUCUGUCACUGCUUGAGAAGGACUUUGAGCUCGUGGCAGUUCUGCAGACUUACAUGACUUCAGCACUUUACAACAUGUUUUUUUUACUAUGAAUGUUCAAAUACAAUUUAAUAUUUAUAACUGAUUUUUGAGGGAUCUGCUCUAUGUUCAUUCUGUUAACUGCAUGGAAAAAACCAAAACGUAUGCCAAUUUCAGUAUGCCAGUAAUCCAGGUUUUACAUGUUGGGAAGAAAACAAAAAACAGGAUAGCUGAUUUGUUCUGUGUUAGUGACUUUCUGGUACUUGUAGAUUCGCAAUAAACUUAUGGCUUUUUUAUUUAAAGAGACUGAUUUCUUCUGCUAUAAAGUUGGUUUUUGUUUUUGUUUUAACUGAAUUAUAAUCUUAUCAACAUUCAUUGUUUGGUCCAGUAAAAGUUAAAAGAAGUUCAAGGAUGAUUCGUAACUCUUCUCCUCUGCAAAAUCUUUUAGCUCUACUAGAAACAUACACAGGAGCCCUGGUGGCACAGUGGUUAAGCACUCAGCCGUUAACUGAAAAGUCAGUGGUUUGAACCCACCAGCUGCUCAGAGGGAGAAAGAUGUGGCAGUCUGCUUCGGGAAAGAUUACAGCCUCGGAAACCCUACAGGGCAUUUCCACUUGUCAGAAUCAACUCGAUGGCAAUGGUUUUUGGGUUUUUUUUAGAGACACAUAAAAGUGCUUGUGGAAUUAUUUCUUAAUGAGAAAUACAUGAAUGAAAUGGUAUCAUAGUAGCCACAGAGAGUAACAGGCUAGGCCUAUCAAAAGUAGUAAGCGC